UUUUUUUUUUUAUUUUGUUUAUUUUCUUGCUUUUGCAACCGCGGGACCGCGUUUCUGCGCUUCAGAUUGCGUUUUUCCGACUCCUUUGUUUGAUAUCGUGUCGUAUCGUCGUAUUUAUGUAGUUAUUAGGAACGGCAAGGCCUACGUUGUUGCGUCCUUUACCUGAAUAUCGUGACCGAAUCGAGUGUCGUCGAUUUGAAUCGUGUCUUGCGAACCAUCGUCGAACAAAAGGUGAUGGCUGGUCGUGGUUCAUCAGCGUUUGUUUUGAAACUGAUGGGUACCACAAGGCAUGAAGGAGGUGACUUGCAGCAGCAAGGCACUGCAAGCCUUCGCAGCAACUGGCUAGCCAGUGCUGCUCUGUUCUGAACUGCACUGCGUGUCAUGCGGAGGUUUUGUGCAAGCUCUCUGGGCGGCGACGCUAGCCACGAUUGGCUUCGUGGAUGCACAGAAAUACUCAAGGCGCUUGACGUCUGUGGCUCAUCUGUAUUGUUUUUCCCGGUACCACGGCAUGAAGGAGCUGGCCUCCCUCCCUUCCAUCAGCUGCGAGAUACUACAAGCACUGGGCUACAGCUGCAGCUAGCCCAUGGGUACCGUUCUGCGUCCUGUACUGCAUCUAGUUCGAAAGGCCAUGUGAAAGGCAGCGGCACAGCGUUUACAAACCGGACUUUGCCCUUCACCGAGGGGAAAGUCUACCGACUGGCCCUACAGUUGGUACCGGGGACCAUGACAUCAGUGAGCUGGCUUUCACCUUGUCCAAGGCAGCAGCGGAACACUACGGGCGGGACCCUGGAUCACUGCACCAUGGAUGCCGUCCUGUACCCUGCACGGCACUGCGUGUGGCUUAAGUGGCCAAGCAGAGGGUCAUUGCAUGACUUUUAUGAGGCGCCGCUAGCCAUUGUUUCAAACCGUCCUGAAUCACGGACCAAGCCUUGCAAGACCUCACUCUUAUGCCCUCUCCUUUUUGGUGGAUCGGGUCUUGCCAUCUUCCCCUCUCGUGGCUCCGUGUCUUAA